AUGUCGACAAUCCCACAUAUGGCGGACGUCGCCACCCUCCUUAAAGGCAUUCUGGAAGAUGAGUGGCUGCUGCCGGACCCCCUGCCGGUGACCCCUCAGCAGUGGGAUGACACAAUCUUCGACCUCUGGUUACAAGAAAACUGGUUGGUUAUCAAAAGUGAUUUAUCACUGAUGCAGAUACUUACUGCCAUUGUUGGAUCAUUGUACAGAGGUGCGAAUGCCCAAGUGACUGAUACCAUCUCUGAGGCCGAGUUGUUGAAAUUGAGAAAGAACAUUACUAAAAGGGAGAUCAAGUGCUCAGGAGGCCUGCAUCGUGGGGGUCUGUUCUGCUGUCAGCCCUGUGAGAAGGGUGAAAGGAAAGUUGCUGACUGCACAGUAAGUAAAGGAAAGCCAACCUGUGAACCUUGUCCAGAAGGAAAGGAGUAUACAGAAGUAGAUCAUUAUUCCACUAAAUGUAGAAGAUGUAGCAUUUGUGAUGCAGAACAUGGUUUUGAAGUAGAAAAAAACUGUACCCGGAUACAGAACACCAAAUGCAGAUGUAAAGCAAACUUUUUUUGUGAGAAUUCUGCAUGUGAACACUGUAAUCCUUGCAUUAUGUGUGAACAUGGAAUCAUUGAGAAUUGUACAUCAACCAGUAACACCAAAUGCAAAGAAGGCUCCAGAUCUAACUUGCUGUGGUUGCUUGUCCUGGUACCAAUUGCUACACUAAUCUCAUUCGCAUAUUCUUACCUACUUCCUACAAAGCUGAGCCCCGAGUCUGAUAGAAUUGUUUUUGAUCUUUCAGGCAUAUAUAGGCGGUACAGAGAUAAAAAGAAAGGUCAUCAUGAAUUUAAGGCUCCAAACUCUGAAACAUUGCUAAAUGAUUUCACUGACAUUGACUUGAGUAAAUAUAUCACAAGUAUUGCUGAACUAAUGACAGUAAACCAAGUUAAGGAAUUUGUGCGAAAGAAUGGUGUCAGUGAAACCAAAAUAGAUGAGAUCAAGAAUGACCACGUCCACGACUCAGCUGAACAGAAAGUCCAGCUGCUCCGUAAUUGGUAUCAAAUCCAUGGGAAGAAAGAAGCGUAUGAAACUUUGAUUAAGAGUUUCCAAAAAGCCAAACUUUGUUCUCUUGUAGAUAAAAUUCAUGACCUAAUCUUAAAGGAAAAUGCAAACUUAAAUCAUGAUAGACAAAACUUGGUCUAA